AUGAUUUCAGUCACAAUGUUUUGGUUUCUAGCCAAAAGAAUGCCUCGAUUUUUUGCGCUGUUGGUCGACCUAGUCGCUAUCUUACUACUGAUAUUCCUCCUAGCUGGAAAUAAUAAUUCCUCUCAAGCGUCGACCUAUUUGACCAGCUUUCAGUUCUCCUCCGAUUCUCCCAUGUACGACAUCGUGUCAUCCUCAUUCAAUGCUGACAACAGAACCGCCGAUCUACAGAAAGUUAAUGUUCGCGCUGGCUACAUGGGUAUUUGCAUCUUAGACCUUCCCAAGACUUACUCUGAUCAAUCGACGCUGUGCUACGACCGAAAAAACAUCACGAAUGCAGGUUUAUUCGAAGACCUCAGCGUCAAAGUCUUCAAUAUUCGUGCCGGUGGGAAAUCCACUGGAAAUAGCACAGAAUUCACAGCGCUUAACAUCCUACAACUUGCUCAAGACACCUCUGUUCACCUAGUGCAUCCCUACAUUCUGAUGGCUGUUAUUGUCAUAGGAUUGCUGACAUUUUGUGCUACCCUAUGUGCUACAAUUCCCAGGUUGCCGGGCAAGAACUACCUUAACUGGUUGUUGUUAAUAUUGAGCCCCAUCCUGAUGUUGGUGUGGGGACUUGGAGCGAUGUGGACCGACGUGGCGAUCCGAGCCAGCAGCUCUUACGUCCCAGAUGCAUCGAUGGGCAUUCUCAAAGUAAGAAUGGGUACAAAGGCCAGCGCUAUGGCCUGGUCUGCAUUUGCGCUACUGAUUGUCAACUGUCUCAUUUUAUGGGGACUCUACUUUAGAGAUCGCAAAUCUCUGAGCGACGAAAUAGACAACAUACGGAAAAGGCCAAACCAUUUCGACUCUAAAUACAAUAGUGAUGGCUCGACAUUGGCCAGCAAGUACUGA